ACUGGAGUUAUCCGUUAUUUCUACAUUGAAGACUGGCAAUAUGUGAAUGAAUACCGGCAUCCUGUCAGUGUGAGAAAAAUUUUUCCAGAUCCCAGUGGAACCAGAUUGGCUUUGAUAGAUGACAAAAGCGAUGGCUUUGUCUAUUGUCCAGCAAAUGAUAGAUUAUACGAGAUUCCAAACUUCUCACCAACUAUUAAAGGAAUCCUGUGGGAAAACUGGCCAAUGGAUAGAGGUGUUUUUGUUGCAUUUGAUGAUGAUAAAGUGUACGCUUACGUUUUUCAUAAGGAUGCCAUUCAAGGAUCAAAGAUUGUUUUGGCAGGUGGCACGGAAGUCCCCUUUUCCCAUAAACCUUUGUUGUUGUAUAAUGGAGAAUUAACUUGUCAGACUCGGAGUGGGAAAACAAACAAUAUCUAUCUAAGCACUCACAGUUUCCUUGGCAAUUUGAAAGACUUUGGACCUAAUGAGCUGACACAAAUGCUUGCUCAGACUUUAAUGUUGAAAAGGUUUUCAGAAGCAUGGGAGCUGUGCAGACUUCUUAAUGACCAGUCUGGUUGGAAUGAGCUGGCUAAAGCUUGCUUACAUCAUAUGGAGGUGGAUUUUGCAAUACGUGUUUAUCGGACAUUUGGUAAUGCUGGGAUGGUGAUGUCACUAGAGCAAAUAAAGGGAAUAGAAGACCACAACCUUUUAGCAGGGCAUCUUGCCAUGUUUACUAGUGAUUUUAAUCUGGCCCAGGAUUUAUAUCUGGCCUCAUCCUGUCCUAUUGCUGCACUUGAGAUGCGAAAAGACUUGCAACACUGGGACAGCGCACUUCAGCUGGCCAAGCGUUUGGCCCCAGACCAGAUCCCUUUCAUAUCGAAGGAAUAUGCAAUGCAGCUUGAAUUCAUGGGUGAUUAUGUUAAUGCUCUGGCACAUUAUGAGAAGGGAAUCACUGGAAACAAUAAGGAACAUGAUGAAGCUUGCCUUGCUGGAGUGGCUCAGAUGUCCAUUCGAAUGGGAGAUAUCCGUCGAGGGGUAAACCAGGCCAUUAAACAUCCCAGCAGGUUACUAAAAAGAGACUGUGGAGCUAUUCUGGAAAGUAUGAAGCAAUUUUCAGAAGCUGCUCAGCUGUACGAAAAAGGACAAUAUUAUGACAAGGCAGCAUCAGUGUACAUCCGGUGUAAAAACUGGGCAAAGGUUGGUGAACUUCUUCCUCAUGUUUCAUCUCCAAAGAUUCACCUGCAGUAUGCAAAGGCCAAAGAAGCAGAUGGCAGGUACAAGGAAGCUGUCCUAGCUUAUGAGCACGCAAAACAGUGGGACAGUGUAAUCCGGUUGUAUUUGGAUCACCUUAAUAAUCCUGAAAAGGCUGUUGAUGUUGUGAGAGAAACACAGUCUCUUGAAGGAGCAAAGAUGGUGGCCAGAUUCUUUCUGCAGCUUGGUGACUAUGGUUCUGCCAUCCAGUUCCUGGUCAUGUCCAAAUGCAAUAAUGAAGCUUUCACAUUAGCUCAACAACACAACAAGAUGGAGAUUUAUGCUGAUAUCAUAAGUUCUGAAAGUACUAGCAAUGAAGAUUAUCAAAGCAUUGCACUAUAUUUCGAAGGAGAAAAGAAACAUUUUCAGGCGGGAAAAUUUUUCUUGCUGUGUGGUCAAUAUGCACGGGCACUAAAUCACUUUAUUAAAAGUCCAAGCACAGAAGAUAACUUGGCUAUAGAAAUGGCAAUUGAAACGGUGGGACGGGCAAAAGAUGAGGCCCUAACAAAUCGGCUGAUAGACUAUCUUAUGGGAGGAAGUGAUGGCAUGCCCAAGGACGCCAAGUACCUGUUCCGCUUAUACAUGGCGCUAAAGCAGUACAGAGAAGCUGCCAGAACUGCUAUCAUAAUUGGCAGAGAGGAGCAGCGUUCAGGAAACUACCGAAAUGCACAUGAUGUUCUUUUCAGUAUGUAUUCAGAGUUGAAGACCCAGAGGAUUAAAAUUCCUUCUGAGAUGGCUACAAACCUAAUGAUUCUACACAGCUAUAUUCUAGUGAAGGCUCACGUGAAGCGCGGCAAUCACAUGAAGGGAGCGCGCCUGCUCAUCCGCGUAGCCAACAACAUCAGCAAGUUUCCGAGUUACAUUGUGCCAAUUUUGACUUCAACUGUAAUUGAGUGUCACAAAGCAGGAUUGAAAAACUCGGCCUUCACUUUUGCCGCUAUGUUGAUGAGACCAGAGUAUCGUAAUAAAAUAGAUACUAAAUACAAAAAGAAAAUUGAAGGAAUGGUCAGACGUCCGGCUGCAACAGAGGCAGAGGAGCCAACAACUGCCUGUCCCUACUGUGGGUUCCAGCUCCCAGAGUGCGAACUGCUGUGUCCCAGCUGUAAAAACAACCUCCCGUACUGCAUUGCCACGGGUCGGCACAUGGUACGGGAUGACUGGACAGUCUGCCCACACUGCGACUUUCCUGCCCUCUAUUCAGAAUUCAAGAACAUGUUACAGACAGAGAACAUAUGUCCAAUGUGUUACAAAUGGAUUAACAUUGUUAAUCUUAAGAAAAUAAAUGACUGCACACAGUACCUGAAACCAGAAGAUGGGGACCAAUAA